AUGAAUUCAAAUAACAAGAUCGAUUAGAGGUACUAAUAAAUAACUAAUUGGGAGGAGUAAAAUUUUGAAAAAGAAUUUUAUACUUUCAACAAAUAAGGAUAUAAUUAUGAGAAGAAAAUAAUUUAAAUCAAAAUCACCUCAGAUUAAAAAAUCAUAUAUUCACAAAAUGGAGCAAACUUGAGAUUGUACAUUUUAUUUAAAACUUAAAAUAUAGAGUAGAAUGCCAUAAUAACUUAGAGUAACCAGAAAUGUUUAAUAAUUUUGAUCAAAUCUGCAAACUUUCAUGGUAAGGUUAGUAAGAUAUAAACAAAAAGAAAGAUGGUAAAUGGAUUGCUUUUUGGAAUGGAAAAAAUCUAAUUAAUGUUGGCGGAUAUUAUAAAGAAGGGUAAAAGCAUGGAUUAUGGAAAGAUCUAUUCCUCAACUAUUCAUCGUAAGAUAUUAAUAUUUAGUAUUACUGUUAGUCAAGCAAAAAUAUUUGAAACUGGAGAAUAUUAUUAUGAUCUAAGGAUUGGAAAAUGGAAUUAUAUGGAUAAUGAUAUGAUGAUGUAAUUAUUUUAAAAAAUUGUUUAGUGGUGGUGGGUUUUACAAUCAAUUUGGUUAGAAGCAAGGCAAAUGGAUUGAGCUAGGCGAAGGAUUUUAUGCUAAUGGUAUCGUUAAUUAGUUUGGAGAAUAUAAUAUGAAUGGUAUGAAGGUAGGUAGAUGGGAUAUUAUGUAUUGUGGCUGGUAUCGGGGUAAAAAAGAUAAAUAUAUGUAAAUAUUAUUUGUUUAUAAGAAUAUUUAAUAUAUGUAUAGUGGUGGUGGAUCAUAUGAUUAAGAAGGAAGAAAAAUUGGAAAGUGGGUAGAAUUGUUUGAAGGGUUUAAUGAUAUUGCUUAAGUAACUUAUAAUGGUGAAUAUAAUAUGAAUGGUAUGAAGGUAGGAAGAUGGGAUAUUAUGUAUUGUGAAUCGGACUGGGAGGGAUAUGAAUAAAUGUAAAUAUAAGUUAUUUAAAAGAAUAUUAAAUAUAUGUAUAGUGGUGGUGGAUCAUAUGAUUAAGAAGGAAAUUAGUAAAAAAUUGGAAAGUGGGUAGAAUUAGAUAAAGAAUUUUAUUUUAAUGGUGAAGAUUCCAAAUAAGUCACUUAUAAUGGUGAAUAUAAUAUGAAUGGUAUGAAGGUAGGUAGAUGGGAUAUUAUGUAUUGUGACAGGUAUCGGUGGAAAAAAUAUGAAUAAAUGUAAAUAUUCCUUAUUUAUAAGAAUAUUCAAUUUAUGUAUAGUGGUGGUGGAUCAUAUGAUUAAGAAGGAAAAAAGAUUGGAAAGUGGGUUGAAUUGGCUGAAAGAUUUUGUUGUGCUAAAUAUUCAGAGAGUUAAGUCGUUUAUAAUGGUGAAUAUAAUUCGAAUGGUAUGAAGGUUGGUAGAUGGGAUAUGAUGAAUUUAUAACAUAUACAUCCUCUCAUGUAAUCAUAAUUCUAAAGUUAAUAGUGGCUGCAUAAAUUUUGACGAAAAUGGAAAUGAGAUUUAUAGGAGUUAAAAGUAUUUUGCAUUAUUAUUUUACAGCGUAACUAUAAAUUUUAUUGGAUCAUUCAAAAACUGUAGGAAGGUAGGGAGAUGGGAUUAUAUCUAUCGUUCAUAUGGAGCGACUGAAUAUAAAACAAUGUAAAUAUUAUUUAUUAAUACAAAUAUUUAGUGGUGGUGGGUCAUAUGAUGAAGAAGGAAACCAGAACAAGAUUGGAAAGUGGGUGGAAUUGGGUGAAAGGUUUUCUUGUCAUAAUGAAGUUACUUAUAAUGGUGAAUAUAAUAUGAAAGGUCAAAAAGUAGGUAUUUGGGUAGAAAUGAAUAUAAAGGAGAAUAUAAAAAGAGGAGAAAAGAUAUAUAAUUAUUGAUAGAAUAAAUAAUGAG